UUAGCAUGCUAAUAUGGCGAUUACAGUGUGUUGGCUAGCGGGGAAGCUUCUUCAUCAGCUGUGUUAAAGCGGCUGUGAGGUUGACUUGACCCGCCACAGGUGCCAUAAAGUGAGGCUGGAGCAGAACUCGAGGACCGUGGAUUAGAUGCGGCCUUGUUUAGCCGGGGGUGUUGGACGUGUUGUUUGUGGUCAAAAUGUGUGUUAAAAGUUUCAAACAACAUAUUGUAAAGCGACUGAACUUGUAACCAUGAUGACAUGGCGUCGAGUAUAUGUUUGGGCAAAUAUUGCUCUCAGAUAAUUAAACUAAUUAUGACUGUAGCAAACGCUACCGGGCUAAGCUAACUGUAAGUAAGUAGGUUCAGCUGCGAAACAUUACAACUACUAUCUAUAAUUUGUGCUUCUUGCAACAUAAAUUUUUGCGAGAAACGUGAAUUCACGAUAUUUAAUAUAGAUGUGUAUUACUUUUGCAAAACGCAUGAUCGUCAACUGUCAUGGCAAUGACGCCAAUAACGUUGAUUGAUUGAAACUCGUAUUAGUAGAUUGCACGGUAUAUAUUCUGUACAAUUGACCACUAAAUGGUAACACCCGAAUAAGUUUUUCAAAUUGUUUGAGUUGGGGUCUACGUUAAUCAAUUAAUGUUAGCUAACUAGCAGCAAGAUUAGUAAAAAUUUCAGUUGUUUUUAGUAUCUGUGUGAAGUUAGCCCCAGACCCUGUCCAAAUAUCCCAAACUUGUGCUGCUAAAAUGUUUGGUCUAACUAUUACAGUUUUUAAGUUAUUGUUGUCUUAUGGAGCUAAUAGCAGAAAAACUAUAAUCCAUCCAUCCAUUUCCUACCGCUGGUCCCUUUUGGGCGGAAGGCAGUGUACACCCUGGACAAGUCGCCACAUUCACACUCACACACGAGGGCCAAUUGUUUAGUGUUGCCAAUCAACCUAUCCCCAGGUGCAUGUUUUUGGCGAUGGGAGGAAGCCGGACCCGGAAGGAACCCACGCAGUCACGGGGAGAACUUGCAAACUCCACAGAGAAAGUUCCCGAGCCCGGGAUUGAACUCAGGACUACUCAGGACCUUCGUAUUACAAACCUUCCUAUAUUCAAGCUGAAGGAUUCCUGUGUGACCAGACGAUACAGUGACUUUGAGUGGUUAAAGAAAGAGCUGGAAAGAGACAGCAAGAUUGUAGUACCACCUCUCCCGGGUAAAGCCCUAAAGAGACAGUUGCCAUUCCGUAGCGAUGAAGGGCUUUUUGAGGAUUCUUUCAUCGAAGAGCGGCGGUCAGGCUUGGAGCAAUUUAUCAACAAAAUUGCCGGUCACCCUUUGGCCCAGAACGAGCGCUGUCUCCACAUGUUCCUGCAAGAAGCCGAGAUUGACCGUAACUACAUUCCUGGAAAAGCUGGAAUCUUCUUCCACUCCUCCAUGAUGACAUCACUGGUCCUCCACCUUCUUCAGAAAGACGGCUGCACCUUCUUCAUGUAUGUUUAUUUCUACACAUUUUCUUUUGAAGCUGGUGGAAACGUGUAUGAGUUGUUUAUGGUGUCUUUCCUCCCAUGUACAUUAUUCCAUUUCAAGUUUCCUUGCUACUCAUCAAAAGCUUUUAUUUUGCUGCCAAGAUGUGAUUAUGAUGACAACCUCUCCAAAGUGAAGCCACAUGUAGCAUGGCGAAGAGGACGGUGACAUGGGCAUCAUUCCAUUCACUUCAUAUGCCUUUUUGGACAGGAUCACCUAUCAUGAACUUGCCGUCUUUGCUAAGUCGUCACAUCAAUGCAAAUUAUAAGUUUGGCGAAUCGAUAGCACUGUGACUAGAAGAGAUUCAUCAUACGAAACACAUCUGCAUCUGGUUCUCUGAACUUUAUUCAGGAUUUGUAUGCUCAUUUUUCUUUCUUAAAAAAAAUAAUUGUCAAGUGUGUUAAUAUUGUACAUGUUAUCAUUCCAGUUACACUAUCAUGAGGCAUUGCUUUGUUAAUUCCGUCCGACAAUUAAAUUUCUUGCUGCCUGC